CGAUGAGCGGCGAGGUUGAUGCCCUCUAUAUAUACGAUGAGAACAAGUGCGUCCCUGCACUGCUAUUGAACAUAAAACUGUCAACAAGGAUAUACCUGCUGACCAGGGAAAAACCAGCUCCCCUCUCGUAGAGCACGUCUAUCGUUCUCGUCCGCCCUCCGCGACGACCGUCUUACCCCUCUACCUCGCCCAUCCUGCCCCGCGGCCGUCGCUCAUCUAUCUCCCUAAUUCUUCGCCUCCGGUCAAUGUCUUCUCGAUUUCCCACUCGAAUCUUCUGUUCCUAGCCCUGUCCGAAGUGGACUCGGAGCCGCUUCUGGUGCUGGAAUUCUUGCACCGAGUCAUCGAUGUGCUGGAAGUGUUUGUCGGCGCGCCCUUGCUGACAACCAAGGUGCAGGCGCACUACGAUGUCGUUGCGCAGUUGCUGAGUGAGAUGUGCGAUGCGGGCAUCGUAUGUAAUACAGAGCCAAAUGCAUUGCAGGAGGUCGUGGACAUCCCUGGCUGGAUGGGGAGAUUGCUAGGCGGAGUCGGGUUAUCAGGCUCAUCUACGCCGAUUUUGGGAAGCCAAAAUCCAUUGAAGCAGUCGUUGUCCUCCGCCAGUGUUGCGCACGGUCCUGCCAUUCCUUGGAGAAAGUCUAAUGUGCGGCAUACUUCGAACGAACUCUAUGUUGAUAUCAUUGAAUCUCUCUCUGUCACUAUUGCCCCUUCGGGACGCGUGCUCUCUGCUUUAGUUUCGGGGACUAUCGCCUUUACAGCAGAAUUGUCCGGUGUUCCAGAUCUACUCCUUUCAUUGACAACCCCCGGUGGCCAACAGGCGAUUGCGCAGAAAGUCCAACUUCCCGUUUUUCAUCCUUGUGUGAGACUGGCAAGGUGGAGAGAAAGCCCUGGACAGCUGAGUUUUAUACCUCCGGAUGGACGGUUUAUACUCGCUGGGUACGAGGUGGACCUUCUCCCUAUUGAUCCGGAUCUAGACAAGCCGCCCGUUCACAUGGAGAAGAUGUUUCUCCCCGCUGUGGUUGACAUUCGCAAGUCACUGGGACCCACUGGUUCUGACUUUGAGGUUCAACUGACCCUUAACACGAAUUUCCCGGGAUUCCCUGCCCGACCAGGGCUUGGGAGAGGCGGAUCCGGCACACCAACACCAUCAUUCUUAGGGGGAGGCGGGAACUCCCCCUCGGUGCCAAUGCUUGAAGAAGUCGUGGUUACCAUCCCUAUCUCCAAAUCCGUUCGUAAUAUCACCGAGAUGAAAGCCAGCCGCGGCGAGGCACAGUUCUCUCCUGGAAGUGAUGUCCUCAAGUGGCAUGUCCCUACCAAGGAUGCGGGAUCUGUUUCCGGAACAGCAACCCUCCGUUGCAGCGUGAUUGGAUAUCAGUCGGUAGGGGAUAUUAUUGACGAUGAUGCAGGAGGCAUUGGCGCAGACGAAAACCUCCUGCAAGGCUACUAUGACACUGCCGCGGCUGCAUUGUAUCAAAACCCUGAUGCGUCUGCCGGUCCCUCGAAGCACAGGACAAAGAAGAAGAAGAAGAAGAAGACGACGUACAAAAAGUCUCGACCGGCCACGGCAACCGAAGAGCCCGUAGCUUCCUCCCCCGUACCAUCAUCCAAACCGCAAACUCCAACGCUCCAACCUUCGUCGUCUUCUCUGUUGAAGGCUCCGUCGAUAUUCAACUCUCCUUCGAAGAAAACAAAAUCACAGCUCAAUGAGAACCUGAUGCCCAAUUUGGCAUCGGUCUCUUUCACCGUGCGCGGUUGGCUCCCGUCGGGAAUAAAGGUGGAGAGUCUGACCGUUGACCCCAGACGGAGUCGUGGUUUAGGCGAGGGCGUCAAACCUUUCAAGGGGGUCAAGUAUUUGUGUGUUAGUCGGAGGGGUGUAGAGAGACGGUGCUGAUAUAUUUCGAAUAUUACUGUAAAAUGAUAAUACAUAGAUUAUGAUUUUAUGAAUCAUGGAAAUGCUGGCCAGCAGAAGUUUCGAUUUGCGGACGCACCACAACCUCAGUUUCUG